AGAAUAUUUUCCCUUUCUUAAGCGUUAAACCAAAACGUUGGGAGAUCAAGAAACUCGUUUGAUAAGGAAAAAAAAAUAAAAAAACGGCGUCGUUGAGGAGCUUACCUCUUUGAUACCUGAGCCUGCUUUGCAGUUGGCAGUUGCUUUUACGGUUUUGAUUACGCUGGCCGGACCGAAUUCCGUCGUCAAUCCGCUCCACCACUCUGAGAUCCGAAAGCCGAACCCGUUUUCUCAUUGUUCUAGCAAUCCUAGCAUCAAUGGCUGGUGAUCUAGGGCUUUAUCUGAGAUCCAAUCCUUAUUAAUUUUCUUCGAAAUCCUUAUUUUCAGACCAAAAGGAAGAAAAAAUCAAUGGCGGUGGUGAUUGAGAGCUCCGUUUGGGAACCAAAUCCAUGGAUAUACGUAUUUAUAACAGUGGCGUGUCUCUUAUCGAUCAUUGUAUGCCCUUAUGCCUCCAGCACAACCAAAACUCCCAAUGUCUUCGACCAUGGAAUCUCAUCCCCUUCCUUUCUUCGUUUCCAGAGGAACUUUCUUCUCAUCUACUCUCUUGCUUCAGUCAUGGGAGGACUGUGGUCGGUGUUCGGUGAGUUUGAGUUAGCAUACUAUGGUAUAAGCAAAGAGCAGAUGGUAGAUUAUCUUUGUGUUGGAUAUGCAGCUGCUCUAUUCGCUGGUACUUUUUUAGGUCCACUUUCUGAUUUUAUAGGUCAUAAGAAAGUUUGUUUGCUCUUUUGUAUCCUACACCUCUUCAUCGGCUUGUGGAAGAGAUUUUUUGCACAUCCGAGUAUUAUGGUGGCUAGUAUCUGUUUAUCUCUUUCAGCUUCCAUAUUUUCAUCCAGUUUUGAGACAUGGAUGGUACUUCAACAUGAAAAGCAAGGGUACAGGCAAGAUACUUUAAACGACACAUUUUGGUUAAUGAUUUUCUUCGAGUCUUGCUCUCUAAUUGGGGGCCAGAUGCUUUCUAAUUGGCUCAUUGGCGAUAAUAUGGAGAAAAACAUUUUGUCUCCUUCCUCGGCAGCUGUCUUAAUUGCAAUAGUAGGCAUCAUUUUUGUUGGUAGAGGAUGGAUGGAAAUCCCUCAAACAACAACUUUUAAUGAGUAUAAGAUGUCUUGCUAUGCAUAUAUUUUUGGUGAUAAAAGGAUAUGGCUGUUAGCAUGGGCACAAGCUUGUCUUCACUUCUCCAUUGCUGUUUUCUGGAUUCUUUGGGCCCCAACAUUGGUGGCUGAUGGACGAGAAGUGCACCUAGGCUUGAUAUAUCCGUGUUUGAUGGGCUCCAGAAUGCUAGGAAGCACGGUAUUUCCAUGGCUUAUUGGCGGACUAUCAUCACUUAGAACGGAGGAGUGUUUAGCAUAUGCAUUUAUUGUACUGGGGCUUGUAAUGUCAAUUAUAGCUUAUGAUUAUCAGGAAAUUGGAUUUCUAGUUACACUAUUUUGCUUGUACCAUGCUUGCAUUGGCCUGAUUUUGCCAUCACUUGCCAGAUUGAGGACAAUGUAUGUGCCAAAUGAGUUGCGUGGAGGGAUUAUCACCCUUUCUCAAGCUCCUGCAAAUGCAGCUAUGCUGCUUUUUCUGUUGCAAGGAGGGUAUUAUCGAAACAUUGGGAAUUCAACAAUUAUGGCAAUAGCUGCUCUUGGGCUAUUUUCAGCAGCCGGUGGCAUGCAUGUUUUAAAACGGUGGGGAAAGCAACCUUAUCAAAACUGGCACAAGCUGUAAUUGAAUUCUGGACGUCUGUUAACAAAUUUGAUGCAUGAUUGAUGGAAACGACAAGUUUUACAAAAUCAAGUGCCCUUUUCCAACUGAGGGACAUGAAAACAAAAACAAAAGAAUAAUUAAACAGAUGAGGAUGAACAAGCGGUGGCAAUCAGAUGCUGCUGCUAAAAUAAAUUUACUAGCAGCACGUGAUCUUCAGUGCACCAUGAUUGGAAGAGCAUCUAUAUCAGCACUUCAUUUUCUUCGUUGUAAGCUCCCCAGCACACCCCAAAAGAAAAACGAGAGAGAUCAGAGCGAUAGUAACCUUUUUUUUUUGUUUUUUUUUUUUAAUCUUUUAUUUUUUGUAUUGAAUAGAGAUGGAAAAUCCAAUGUUACAAUAAUUAAAUAGCUCCAAGAGACAAAAUGGGAUGCCAAAUGGUUAUUUUAGAUAUAUAUUUAUUGGCAUUAAUUAUU